AUGACAAAACACCCCCCAACGUCGCCGCCCGACCUUCCAUGCAAGGUCCGCCUCUUACUCUCCCUCCUCCCCACCGUCCUCAACACCGUCCGCCGCUCCAAUGGCACCAUCAACCGCCGUCUCAUUAGCCUAUUCGACCUCAAAGCCUCUCCGUCAAGCAAACCCAACAACCACGUCAAAUCCUGUGACGUGAUGGUGGACCCCACUCGCAACCUCUGGUUUCGCCUCUACGUUCCCUCCGCCGCCAUCACCACUACCACGACCAGGCCCUCCGCCAAGCUCCCGCUCAUAAUCUACUUUCACGGCGGUGGCUUCGCAUUAUUUUCCGCUAACUCAAAACCCUACGAUGACCUCUGCAAACGGCUCUCCGCAGAGCUCCCCGCCGUGGUCGUCUCCGUCAACUACCGCCUCGCUCCGGAGCAUAUUUAUCCCUCCCAAUACGAGGACGGCUUCGACGUGCUGAAAUUCAUCGACCAAACAACAAUUGACGGGUUUGAUCUCAACAACGUGACAUCACCCGGUGUUUCCUCGCCGGAGACAGCGCAGGUGGCAACCUGGCCCACCACGUGGCCAUCAAGGCGAGCGAUCAUCAUGAGUUUGGCAAGAUGA